CUACUGAAAGGAUAAUUCAAACACCAUUCUCUCCUAGACUCCUUCAGCGCAAACUGGAAGGAGGGUAACAGUCUCUGGGCCUCCCCCAGGGCUUGCAGGGAGUAGCGCCUACCCCAGAUUCCUGCUGGAGAACCUCAGCAGCUGCUGCAGGCAUCAAAAUGGAUAUUCCUCGUCCAGCAACCAAUUUGCCAAUUGAGUACACGGCUCAGUAUCCCCCAGCAACAUUACAAGGAUCAGGACAUCCCGCCUACCCCAGACCCAUGGGUACAUUUCCAGGCUCCCCACCUGAUGGCUUAGUCCCUCCACCCGACUAUCCAGGUGCUGGCAAAGCCAGCCAGAAUCAAGCAGCAUAUCAUCCAGGGGGACCCACCAGCAUCCUGUGGAUGCCAGCACCACCACCUCUGCCGCACUGCCCACCUGGGCUGGAAUAUUUAAGUCAGAUAGAUCAGAUUCUGAUCCACCAGAAAACUGAACUUCUGCACGUCUUAACAGGUUUUGAAACAAAUAACAAAUUUGAAAUUUUGAACAACCUUGGGCAGAGAAUUUACUUUGCCGUAGAAGAUACGGAUUGCUGCACUCGAAAUUGCUGUAGUUCAGCGAGGCCUUUUACCUUGAGGGUUCUUGAUAAUUUGAACCGCGAAGUCAUAACUGUGGAGCGGCCACUGAGGUGUGACAGCUGUUGCUUCCCCUGCUGCCUUCAGGAGAUUGAAAUCCAAGCUCCUCCUGGUGUCCCAGUGGGUUUUGUCACUCAGACAUGGCACCCCUGCCUGCCAAAGUAUACUGUUCAGAAUGAGAAGAGAGAGGCAGUGUUAAAAAUUACGGGACCAUGUGUACCAUGCAGGUGUUGUACAGAUAUUGAUUUUAAGAUUAAAUCUCUUGAUGAAAGAUCUAUAAUCGGCAAGAUUUCCAAGCGCUGGACUGGGUUGAGAGAAGCAUUCACAAACGCCGACGACUUCGGGAUCCAGUUCCCCUUGGACCUUGAUGUGAAGAUGAAGGCGGUGAUGCUGGGCGCCUGCUUCCUCAUCAACUUCAUGUUUUUUGAAGAGAUUUGAAAAGAAGAAUGAAAACCAAGAGUACAAUGAUGAAAGAAAAUAUCCUCAGAGAAGUUGUAAUCUGUAAUUGAGACCAUGUAAAGAAAAUUUGAUCUUUGUCUUUUUCUUUAUGGAAAUCACUCAUAUAUGUAAGAAUAAAGUCAUAUUUUGUCAGAUUAUA